GGUAGGUAGUGUGUGUAUUACUAUGUCUUCUGGCUUCGAGGACGUCUACUUCCUUGAAAUAUCCUGAACAUGGUUUUCUUGAGGAGUCUCUUCAAUUCUAGUCAAAGAGUGGCCAGAAAACAACUACCUGAUUUGAACGGCAUGAAUCAAAAUAAUUCUUGUUGGCAUUAGCUUACUUUUCCGUGCAUAGAAAUGACAGUUUCAACGCUUAGUCUGUGGUGCUGCCUUCUCGGAUUACUAGUGUUAGUGAAUUCAGAGCUACCAAAGAACGAUAUUACCUCUAGCUCUUUCACUCUUCCAAAAUUCGGAUAUUUUGAUUGCGCGGCAAAAAUGAUUUGUCUAUUACGCAAUGCGGAGAUCCCGGAUGUUGAGGCCCACGAGAUAUUAACAGGGCUUGCCAAACUUGCCUCUUCCAAUGGCACGAACUAUAUCACAACCCUCAGUAAACGAAUUAAUCAGUCAAUAAGUGAAGAUGUUCAUUGCGUUUUUCCAAAAUGUGGCUUAUCCUCAUCUACACUGAUUCGCGAAUUUCGUGAAUCAAGCCGAAUUCAUCCGUACUUCAGUUCAAAACGGGUCAAGCGGUCCCAAGUUGUUCAACCUCGCACCCGAAGGAAAAGACCUUAUCCUCCGCCUCCUCAUCGCCCACGACGGCCCACGUUAAUUCAAGAGCUGUUUAGGCAUCCCAUCAUAAGUCCAGACGAAGCCGAAUUCCAACAUGAGUGCGAAGUAUGCCGCGCUAAACAAUCUUUAUGUACCUCGUUUUCCAUCGGAACUUAUGGCAUAUGCGGGGCUGCUUGGUUAGUGGCUGGACCAGUUGGCCGGUGGACUUGCAACAUCGUUAGUGCUCCAAGAGGACUCGAUUGCCUUUACAACACGUGGGAAAACUGUUUUCUCCGAGAUUGUGGCGUAGUUGAUUUAGAUUUCCUUGAAGACAUAUUUGACGCCGACAACCGGGCGCACCAAUAGAGAAAUAGUCAAAUAAAACAAAACCUGUUUAGUUAAAUUUUUG